AUGAGCAACACUGCACCGCAGACAGCUUAUGAGACUUCCAAAAUGUAUUGGGAUCUAAAGCUAAGAGGAGCUCUUAUUCAGAAUAAACAGCUGAGGCGUCUGCCACAGGAGCAGGUUUAUGACAAAAUUAAUGGAGUCUGGAACCUGUCUAGUGAUCAGGGUAAUCUUGGAACGUUUUUCAUUACAAACGUGAGGAUAGUGUGGCAUGCCAACAUGAACGAGAGCUUCAACGUCAGCAUUCCCUAUCUGCAAAUUUGCUCAAUAAGGAUUAGAGACUCUAAAUUUGGACUUGCUCUUGUGAUCGAGAGCUCUCAACAGACAGGAGGUUAUGUGCUGGGAUUCAAGAUCGAUCCAAUGGACAAGUUACAAGAUGCAGUGAAGGAAAUCAACUCCUUACACAAAGUGUACUCAGCAAACCCCAUUUUUGGUGUGGAAUAUGAGAUGGAAGAAAAGCCUCAGCCUCUGGAGGAGCUGACCGUAGAACAGCCGCCUGAUGACGUGGAGAUUGAGCCAGAUGAGCACACAGACGCUUUUACCGCUUAUUUUGCAGAUGGAAAUAAGCAACAUGAUCGUGAGCCGGUGUUCUCUGAACAGCUGGGUCUAGCUAUGGAGAAAUUAAAAGAUGGAUUCACACUACAGUGACUCUGGGAAGUCAUGGGUUAAAACGCUCUGUACCAUUAUAUGUAUUUCGGCAUUGCGUUGUUACAUUAUUUACAUCCAAUAUGAAAACAUUUUUCAUUUGCUAAAUGUGAAAAUUGUAUUUAUUUUUAGAAUAUUUAUUUGAUAUUUGAUAAUGGCAUGUUUACAAAUCAUAUGCAAACCAAGUGUAAGUUAGGAAAAAA